AUGGCUGGCUCGAGCAGCCACAAUGGUUCGCCCGAGAAUGAGGACUCAGCCAUAAUCUCUACUCGAGGCCUGGAGGCAUUCGGGAGGAAGGUUACCACAACAGCCGGUCAUCUAAUUGGCCCUCUCGACCCAACAUCAAGCACACAUUACCAAACUGCCAUGAGUGAUCUACACAAGCAAUUAAGACGACCCAAUCUGCAGAGAAGCGUCUUUUCAUUUGCCAAAACUACGCCUACCGACCUUGUCCGAUCGAAGCUUUCUACAUCGGAGAUUCAAUAUCGGGCCUUAACCUAUUUACCCGAUGAACUCCUUGCCAACAUACCCGAAGAUGAAAAUGUAUACUCCUUAUUCCAAGGCUUCCAAGCUACGAUGCCAGAGGGCAGUCCUGAUGGGAAGAAGCAUAAAAGGAAGGUAUCAAGGGGGAGGAAAUUGCUAGAGGACGACAAGUCCGUGGGUUCAGAUGAUCCGCCAUCAAUGGCGAAGCUACGGAGGGAGCAAAAUUCUCUGAAUCAUCGCCUCGAGAUGAUGGGUAUUCGGAAGAAUAUGGCCAGUAGCGAGAUCAGGGAAAUAGACAGCAAGAUAUCAAACUUGAACUACAUGAGAAAGAUAGUUCUGGACAGACUAGCAGGGCUAGAGAAAGAGGAGGCUAUGCUGGAGCAUGACAUACUGGACGUUGAGAAUCGGUUGGAAGAUGCCCAGGAGCUAUUGGACGAUGAGGCGGCUUUCGCGCAAGCCAAAACCGAGGAUGAGAUCGACCCAGACGAUCCAGCUAUUGAUGCUUCGUUUAUGUCCGAAUCGAUGUACGAGAAACUGCCUUCCGCGAAUAGCACACCCACAAAAGCCAGGAGGCACAAGACCAUAAGGCGGAAAUCAAUGCCAAUCUUGCACGAGCACUUCGAUCCCGGGUCUAAAAUUCGGGAGCUCCGAGCUCACAAUGACUCUAUUACAGCCCUAGACUUCGAUGUUCCGUUUGGCACCAUGGUUACUGCGGCGCUAGAUGAUACUGUCCGGGUGUGGGAUUUGAAUGCAGGGCGUUGUAUAGGACUUCUGGAAGGACACACCGCAUCGGUAAGAGCGCUUCAAGUCGAAGACAACAUUGUGGCAACUGGGUCUAUGGAUGCGACUAUCCGAUUGUGGGAUCUUAGCAAGGCAUACUAUGACCCUCAGGAUAACCGUAUCGAUAAGGAUGGCGACGAAGAAGAUGAUCCGCUGGCUUUUGGAAACCCCGAAGACGAGGAGCCUGAACCACCGCCGGGAACUAUGCGAGACUGCCCACUAUUCACACUGGAAGCUCACGUCGAUGAAGUUACCGCUCUUCAUUUCAAGGGAGACACUCUGAUUUCCGGCUCAGCUGACAAAACCUUACGACAAUGGGAUCUCGAAAAGGGUCGUUGCGUUCAAACUUUGGAUGUGAUGUGGGCAGCGGCUCAAGCCUCAGCAACCAUGGGUUCUAGCGAAGGCGCUUGGCGUCAAACUGGCAAGGCCCCUGAUGCUUCCGCGGACUUCGUUGGAGCAAUUCAAGUUUUCGAUGCCGCACUGGCCUGUGGUACUGCUGACGGAAUGGUACGAUUAUGGGAUUUGAGAAGUGGGCAGGUCCACCGAAGUCUCGUUGGGCACACAGGACCCGUGACUUGUCUUCAGUUCGACGACAUGCAUUUGAUCACGGGAAGUUUGGAUAGGAGUAUCAGAAUUUGGGAUCUCAGGACAGGAGCGAUUUUCGAUGCCUACGCUUAUGACGCUCCCAUCACGAGCAUGAUGUUCGACAACCGUCGAAUUGCAUCAGCAGCAGGCGAAGACGUGGUGAAAGUGUACGAUAAAACAGACGGACGCCAUUGGGAUUGCGGCGCAGGCGUAAACGCCGAGGAAGAAGGCAAGACGCCCUCUAUUGUAGAAAAGGUUAGGAUCAAGGAUGGCUACUUGACGGAGGGCCGGAAGGACGGCAUCGUGGGCAUCUGGACUUGCUAG